AUGCCGCCCAAGCGCCAGCGUAAGCCGAAGCAGCCAUUCGAUCAAGGCGUUAACCCGUCCUCCCAGAAGCGUAGAGCGCCAGCAACUAGACAAAAUCCUACCCAUUUAACGCCUAAACGUGUCCGCCGUGAGGCGCUGCCGUCGCCUCCAGCGACUGCCCCGCCGCGCCGUCAAAGCCCGUUGUCCGAGCCUGAGCUGCAAGCCACCCAAACAGCUGCCUCCGCGCAAGCUGAAGAUAUCGUUGGCGAGGAUGAGGAUACUUUCGAGGAUGGAGAUGGCGAUCCGCUGCCUGAGGAUGAGGAUGAGAUCGCUGCUAAGGGCGCUGCCGGUAGUGUUGAGGAUGAGGGAGAGCCAGCGUACCGACGUCAAGAAGGCACUCCAUGGCUGCCUCGCUCAUCGCAAGCGCUAGAGGAUGAGGUUAAUCCUGUACUGCGCGUUAGGUGGAGGGCUUGCCUUGGUGGUGAUAUGGAGAAACACUUUAUUCCUGAAGCUGCCGAUAGCGAGCACGGCGUACGGCUGUACUCGCUGCAUUUCGACGACCUAUGGCAGUGGGUAGAUGACGUUGUUGCAGAAUUACGGCCAAAAAGAGCGAAGAUCUCAUCUGUUUGCACUGUUGUUUACCCAGCUAAGCAGGCCAAACGCGAGCGCGCGAUAAAGCGAUUGCGGCGAGGUGUUGAUGCAACGUGGAAUAGCUUUCAGCGCCUUGUUGUAGAGGUUGAUAACUAUGUCAGCGAGCCAGUAAACGUCGAUUUCGAGCUCAUCUUGGCUGAAAUUCCAGGGGAGCAGCAGCCGUUGCCAACGGUUGUCGACGGUCCUCGUCGACGCACCGCAACGGUGAUUCAAGAGGAGGGGCUUGCUGGUGUAAUAGCAGCUGAACAAGCAGGUAGCGGGCAUGCUAUUGCUAUCCGGGAUAGAUGGCGCUGUACAGAUACCCAUUGCGAGAACUAUCCUUAUUGCUGCUGGAUGGCGCCAACAGCGAGGCAGCCAGCGCGCUUCGAAGAUCACCUCUUUGUCAACGGCAACAUUAUCUCCAUGUGGGCAAGAGCAAUUACAGCGAGAAGGGCAACGUACGAUGAGCCAUCUGAUGAUGUACGGCUUGCAAUUUUGAGAGCAAAGGACCUGCGGGUGCAUGAGAAAACGCGCAAGUUGCGGGCGGCUGGAGAUGGCGACGAUGAUAUCAAAAGCUUAACAAAACUGCUCAUCGUUGGACAGCUUGAGCGGAUGAACAGGCAACCUCAACAGGAGUCUAACUUGCAGGCAGCUGCACCAACGAUAACAAGAGCUGAGGUAUCUAGUGCAUCUCAGUGGGCGCCUAUCCGAUAUGAUCAUGAGCAGGAGAUUAACGAGCAUACUAGUAAUUUCUUUAACUACCUUAAGUUAAAAUUUCCUACAGUUGGAGAGGACAUUAACGAGCUUUAUAAGACUCUUGUUAUUGACGGUGUCGGCAUACACACGAUUACCUUAGCUACUGUUAUUCACCGUACGAUCGUACAAGGCCUUCCAACAGACGGAGCUAUGGAUAUCAACCUCUUGAUGCAGCCAUCUGGUGAUAUCUUGAAGUUGUGGACGCAGCAUUUCAAGCAGCCUCCUGGCUGGUUUUUCACGCUACAAAACACUGCAAAAGAAUGGCAAGCUGGGUACCAGGGUCUCACAGAUCGUAACUGGAGACGAGUCGAACGUUGUAAGAAAAGAGAAGAGAUUGCGCGCAAGAAAUUGGUGGUUGAACCGUCUAGCAGUGUUGUGGAGGAUGAUGGCGAGAAUGCUUGA